AUGGAGAACGCCAGAGGCAAGGAGCGAGCUGGCCCCGGGAGGCCACAGGAAGAACAAGGAGUGGACAGGCAGGCAGGCACCUCCAGAAGUUUGACCAAGGGGCAAAAACGCAAAAACUGUGCGGAAAAUGGCAAAGAUAAGAAAAAACGGGACAGCUCCACGCCUCGUAAAAAGAUAGAAAUUCCUCCCCUCCCCGAGGAGCUGCCCCCGGUGGACCUGAUCCAUCGAGACGUCCUGCGAGCCUGGUGCCAGCAACUGAAGCUCAACAGCAAGGGCCAGAAACUUGAGACCUACAAGCGGCUCUGUGAAUACGCUUACCCGCAGCAAAAGAAUAUUCCUAACACACCCAAGGAGGCGAGAAUCAAGACAUCAGGUAAAUGUAGGAAGCAGUCCCUGCAAGGUCCAGAGGGAAGCAUGUCUUCAGUGGGCACCAACCUGCUUGAGCUUGCCCAGGUCCCUGAGGAGCAGCUGGCUGCCCUGGAAGAGCCGCCUGCUCUCUAUGAAGAGGUCAGCACCAGUAUGGUGACCACAGCCACUCCAGAGUCUGUACUGGCCUCCUGGGGCCGAAUCGCCGGGAGGAUGGGGCCAGGGGGCCUGCCAGCAGAGGCUUGCGGUGACAAGUGGUGCGUGGUUCAUGGGCGCACUCUCCCUGCAAACACCCCGGGCUGGGUUCAGCUACAGUUCCACGCAGGACAGGCCUGGGUGCCCGAGAAGAAGGGACGUGUGAGUGCCCUGUUCCUGCUGCCCUCCAGCACCUUCCCACCACCCCACCUGGAGGAUAACCUGCUGUGUCCCUCUUGUGUCCGCAAGAACAAGAUCUUAGUGAAAAGCCUUCGCUGGGACUAAAAGGAUAGAAUUAAGGGAGGCUUUAGCAUUUUGCCUUCACACUUCAGGAGUGCUGAGUCUAUAACGGAGACCACAGACUCCCACUGUCUUUUGCCCUCCUGGAAGAUGCCAGCUCACCGGGAAACUAUUGGACCUCUUGGCAAUCGUGCAGCUACGAGUGGCUCCAGAAGGGCACCCAAGGGGCCACCCAAGACCUCAACAAAGCAACUUCAAAUCAGAGACGGCUUCUAUGUGAGAAGGCAAGAUGAGAUGCUGCCUGUCUGGACCCUCCAAAAAGGUGUGGGCACAGGGCUUGAGCCUUCCAGCCUGGCAUCGCCCACUCUGUCACUGUCAUGGGAGGCUCAUAGCGGAAGCAGCUGUCUUGGCCCAUUGUGCAAGCUGCUGAAAGACUUGAUCUAUACCCUGCCCAGUCCCACCCACCUCCCCUGAGCUGUAUCGUAUUGUUGGUGUUAGCAGGUAGAUCUGUAUUUACUUUCUGUAGUUACAAAAUAAUGUAAUGA